AUGGAGCUGUGGCAGUGGGUGCCCGUGUGCCUGUGGAUGUGGAUGACUGAGCUGGGGGCUGUAGAGACAGCACCCAGAAGAGUUGGCACCGACGCCUCAAUACCAGAAGCCAACUCUGGACUCUUUGUAGACAGGCCUGACUUCUUUGAUUACCCAGACUCAGACCAAGCUAGCCUUUUUGCUGUGGCCCAGUUUAUUGGAGAGAAACCGGUGACCUUUGUAAGGACAGAUUCCGGCCCUGGGCUCUUUCAGCACAUUCUGGUGGGCGCAUUGCUGUUGGCCUUCUUCCUCUUCCUUCUGCAGUUCUGCACGCACGUGAGCUUCCAGAAAGGGGCCUGA